AUGAUGCCCCCAGGGCUCCUUAGCCAGUACACACCACGCACCGUGCUGGAGCGCAAGGCCCUGCCGCCCGGCGUCCGCAGCCUGGAGCGGCUCUGCGGCCAGCCUGAGCGGGCGACCCGGCCGGCCGAGCCGGAGCGCAGCCCGAACGCAGACCAAGGCAGAGUGCCCUGCAGGGCUGCGGAGGCGGACUCGGGGAACGGCCGGCGGCCCCCACGUGCCCAAGGGGGACAUCGGAGGCACACGAUCACCAACGGCGUGGACUGUGAUGUGCUGAAGCAGCUCCAGGAGCUGGAGCAGGAGAAGGAGGUGCUGCUUCAGGGCCUGGAGAUGAUGGCGCGUGGCCGCGACUGGUACCAGCAGCAGCUGCAGCGCGUGCAAGAGCGCCAGCGCCGCCUGGGCCGGGGCAGGGCUGCCAACCCUGCUGCAGCCACCGACUCCGGGGCUGAGAGGAGCCCCCUCUCACUGGGACAGCUGCUGCCCAAAGUGCAGGAGGUGGCCAGGUGCCUGGGGGAAUUGCUGGCUGCGGCCUGUGCAGGCGGAGGGGUCCCCACAGAGCACCCCGAUAGGGCUCUGCCCUCAUCCUCGGGGGCCCCGGGGCCCAGCACUCUGGCCACCCCCUGGCCCGAACAGACCAUCCUUAUGCUGAAGGAGCAGAACCGCCGCCUCACUGAGGAGGUCACGUCUAAGAGUGAGCGCAUCACCCAGCUGGAGCAGGAGAAAUGGGCCCUCAUCAAGCAGCUGUUUGAGGCCCGCAGCCAGCAGGAGACGGGCCCCCUGGAUGCCACCUUCAGCUAGCCUCUGCCAGCAGACUGGCUGUGCCCUGGCCUGCCCCAAGCCCAGGCCAAAGACCCUUCAACUUGGACAGAGGCCUGGAACGGGAUGCCCCCUCCUUUCCCACCCACCCUGGAAUGGCCUACCCCCAGCCUAGCACCAGGGGUCUUGGCCUCAGGAGUGGGCCCUUGAAGGGGGGCGAGGGCUGCCAUCAAGCCUGAAGCUGCUACUGCCACGUCUGUUACCCGUCACAGGCAGCCCCUGGGCAGGAAAGGGCUGUGGCAGCUCCACCCCUAAGUUUACAGCUGCCCCUUCCCCCUGAGCCUGGGGUCCUAGCUCUGGUCUCUAGUAAAAGUACUGGUCCCAC